GGCGGAGAGCCUGAGAGAUCCGCCUGCCCAAGGUGCGCCCGUUGUGCGCCCAUCCGGGUGGCGAGGCGGCGCGCCCCGGCGAGGGGCCCGCGUUCCCCAGGCGUGGGCCCGCGAGCGGAGGGAGCGGCUGGCGGCGGACAACAGGUCCAAGGAGCUCAGCGACCAGCUGCUCCGGCAGGAGGCGGAGGAGGCCCGCAUCUCCCGGGCGCUGGAGCUGUCCAGCCACGCCGCCCGCGCGGCGCGCCGGCGUGCGGGGCAGGCCCGGGCCGACGAGGCGGAGCUGGAGGAGGCGGCUGGGCGCGGCGCGCCGAGCCGUGGCCCUCGAGACUCGCAGGGAGCAAGCGCGGGCGGUGGCCGAGCAGGAGCUGCGGCAGGCCCUGGACGCGGAGCGCGGCGCCCGCGCCAAAGCCGAGGCGGAGGAGCAGCGCCUGGGCGCCAGGCUGAACGCGUCCGAGCUCUCCCAGCAGGAGCUCGCCCUCGCCCGCCGCAGGACGCAGG